AUGGCUGAGUUUACUGGCUGGGAGAUGAUCAACACUGAAGAGCUUCAGGAUUACGUGAAGCUAAAUGGAGUUUCCAGAGUUGAGGAAUACGUAGCAAGCAGACUUGACGAUUGGAGAAACGUCGUAGUACAUUUUGUAGUAUGUGGUGUUUCAGGAGCUGGAAAAUCUUCUUUUAUUAACCGCAUACGAGGUUCCUUCAUUGUUUAUGAUAGAGUGGAAGACACCGAUCCUGAGGCAGCAGAGGUCGGUGUUGAUGAGUGCACGACCGAGCCGAAAUGCUACGAUCAUCCCAGCAACACCAAUAUUAAGUUCUGGGACUUACCAGGGAUAACAAAUCCAAUCUACAAUGGUGAUCUCGAGAUGUACUGUAAAAUUGCGCCAUUGGAUAAAUACCAUACCUACCUGAUCUUCGGCAAGGAUCGAUUGACCAAUGACAACUUGAAACUUGCAGAGAGGAUUCGAUCAACUGGUAAGAAGUUUUUUUUCAUUCGUGCAAGAAUUGAUCAAGAUGUUGAAAAUGCCCGAAGAAGCAAACAGCAUUUAUUUGAUAAAGAUACCGCACUGGAUAAGAUACGAAAGCAACUUUCGUAUCGUUUGAUUGGAAGCGGCCUGCUCAAAGAUGAGAAAGAAAUUUUUUUAGUAAGCAACCACUUUGCGGCUGAGUAUCAAUUUGAUGAGCUGACUCAAGCAAUUUUAGCUAUAUUGCCGCAACGACAACGAGAGAGUCUCAUUCUGACCAUUGAUAAUGCCUUACUUUUGUCAAAAAAUACCCUGAAGGGAAAGGUUGAAGUUCUUAAAAAGCGCAUCAAGUAUGUUGCUAUCGCAUCUGCAAUGGCGGAAAGUUGUCCAGUUCCCGGGGUAUCCAUUGUGGCCGAUAUCGCCAUUAUAAAAAGGGAAAUAGAUUUUUACACAAGCCAGCUCGGCCUCCUAGAAAAAGGGUCAAAUAGAUUUUCAUUGCUGAGUUUCAACACCCAAUCUGAAAUUAAAGCAUUGAGUACAACGCUGGGCACUACCAUGCAAAUUGGCGGGCUUGUAGCAGCCUACUCUACCGAGAGUGUUGUCGAGGAAUUCGCUCGUUUCAUUCCGGUUAUUGGCAUAGCCAUAGCCAGUUCCUUGUCGUACGCUGCAACAUACUAUUUUCUUUCGAAAUGGUUAGAAAAACUGGAAGAAUUCGCACUUAAAGUAUUGGAAGAAACAUUGGGUAACAUUUCAUCCCACUAA